AUGUCGGUCACCAUCUAUAUCAUCUAUAACAAUAGCGCCUCUUUUCUUGGAAGAAUCGGCUACGGAAUUCGCCGAUUGAGUACGACCCCGGAAACUCCUUCAGCAUGUGCUGCUACGGACCUCACUCACGGCGGUGCUCACCCUCACGAAAAACCCGAAUGGAUAGCCACUAAGAAAAAGAUUCCGGCCGACAUCAAGCAAGUUCAUUAUGAUGAGCUCCCACCCGACGUAAAGAAAUACGUGGAGUCUAACCGCUACAAAUAUCCAUGCAUUGUUGGCAAGGGUCCAGAUGGCCGCUUCAGGAUGCUUCUAAUCGACUACGAGAUCGAAGAGGUUUCAGACAACUGCAACAAAUUCCUUCAGGUGCUGAAGACGAAAUUUCAACAGUCUGGCCUUCCGUGGGAUUACUCGUCAAUUCAGCCUACCAGUGCUGCAUGA